AAUCUCCAAAGCCCAAAGCCCGUAAUCCCUCUACCUUCUUCGCUUCUGUUUGCCCAGCCCCCACAAAGCUCUCAGUUUCAGUCUCGCGCCCUCUCCACCUAUCCCCUUGGUCGGCUUUCAGUUUCACCGGCUUCGUGCAUCGCCACUUUCUCUUUUUUCUCAUCUCGCGAGUCGCGGCCCCCUUUGCCUUCUCUGGUCGCUGCCUCCCUUCGUUUGUCGCUCUGGUGCUAACAGACUCGCGUGACGGCGUCGCCAUUCUGCUUGUGUGCCUUGUGUUAUUUGUCUCGUUUCUUCUCUCUCCAGUAGCUUGAGUGCUCGACUAAAGACGCUGCCAUUCUAGUGGAGAGACGCAAAUCAAAGAGAAUAAGAAUUAUAAAAUUUCAGCUGAUGCUUUAGUUUUUAUUUCCAUUGGAUUUUAUUGGGCGUGAAUUUGAAUUUUGAUAAACUCUAACUCGCAUUUGGAGAACUAAGAAUUCUGAGGAAUAUAAGGAUUACAAAGGAAGAGUUCUGAACACAUGGACCUGAAAACAAGAGGAAAGAAUAAAAAAAUCCACCAUGGUGUUCAACAAGGCAGUGAGAGUGAAGUUGAUGGGAAGGGCAAGUUUGCUGUUAAUUCAGGUAGGAAAAGGAAGAGAAUCUUUGCUGAUCAACAUGUUGAUGGAAAAUUGUCAUACAAUACAAAAAGUAAAGAUUUAUCUAAGAAAGGAAUAAAGCAAAUGAAAGAUGACACUGUUAAAAGGAAAAAUAGCAAAGGACCUGCCCGCUCCAUUUGGGUUUCUGGUAGGAUGAAUAAUGCUACUUCCAAAAAAAAGCAUCCUUCUUUUGAUGGUAUUGGUGCAACAGAAAGUGCAAAAGAGCCCAGUUGUAAACGAAGUAACAGGUCAAAGGAAGAAGGUAAAUUGGAUGCUGGUAAGUAUGAUUUAUCCAAGAAACAAUCCAAAAGCAAAUCUGACUCAAGUAAGCGCUUGGUUCAAAGUCAAACCAAUCAUCCUAAGGUACCUCAUUCAAAACCUUCAAAGAAAACAUUUCAGAACAAACAAAGCGUUGCCGAUGAUAACGCAGAGGUAGAUGGCCAGCCAAAGAAGAAAAAACGUGUAAUUCGGUUAGAUCCACAUGAUAUCUCAAAUAAACGGCUAGAUGAUGGAACAGUCUCUGGUGAGAGAGUAGAGGAGAAGAAAAAAGAGUUCGAGAAAGAUGCUGAAAUGUCAAAGAAUGCACAAUUUCGUGCAAUAGAACCUAGCCCUUCCAUGCUCUCCUUUGUGGAAGAUAAUUUUCUAGGCCGUAGAAGAUUGAUUGAGCUAAAAAGGGCAGGCUACAACAUUGAGUUAUCUGCACCAUUAGAUAAUAUCCCCUUCUCUACAAGCUCUGAGAGAGAACGGAUUGAAGAAAAUAUUUUUAGGAACAAAUUGACAUUUUUUGCUUCUGCAAAAGUUUCGUCUUCAUUCCCACCUCCUGAUCUUCCAGAGAUUGCAUUUGCAGGAAGGUCAAAUGUUGGGAAGUCAUCUCUACUCAAUGCACUCACUAGACAGUGGGGUGUUGCACGGACAUCAGACAAGCCUGGCCUUACUCAGACUAUUAAUUUCUUCAAGCUGGGAUCAAAGGUCUGUUUGGUCGAUUUGCCUGGAUAUGGAUUUGCAUAUGCAAAAGAAGAAGUUAAAGAUGCCUGGGAGGAGCUUGUGAAGGAGUAUGUUUCUACUAGAGUUGGUCUAAAACGAGUAUGUCUUCUUAUUGACACAAAAUGGGGUAUGAAACCAAGAGACCAUGAACUCAUUGAUUUGAUGGAAAGAUAUCAGACAAAAUACCAGAUUGUAUUGACCAAGACAGAUGUGGUAUUUCCAAUUGAUGUGGCACGCCGUGCAACACAAAUUGAAGAGAGCCUCAAGGAAAACAAGUCUAUAGUUCAACCUGUGAUGAUGGUAAGCUCAAAGUCUGGAGCUGGUAUUCGAAGUUUAAGAACAGUUCUUUCCAAGGUUGCUCGGCUUGUCAAGCUCUAAUUCAUGGUCAGGAUCUGGCUUAUUGUUGAGAUAAAAAUUUCAACAGCUCAAAGCUCCAUAUUUGUUUUGUUGUUUUUGUCGAUUGGGUGCUGAUAAACUGCCUACGUCAGCAAACAAGAUUCACAAGGCAAAUUGAUGUUCAAAGUGCAGAUAUUUGGCAUCAUCUUAGAUUUCUAGAUUUUCAUAUUUUCGAAAGAGAUCAUUUUGCUUCUUGUAUUUCGUAGAUGUCUCUGAUAUUAAGAGAACGGGAUCUAUAAAAUUGUUGAUUAAUUCUUGGAUCCCUCAGGAAUGGGUAUCAAUUUUGGAAAAGCUCGUUAUUUCAGGAAUUACAAUGCUAGUCUUGUGGCUGAUUUACUCAUAAUCAUUAUGCAUAUAAUGAUAUUGGUGUGCACUACUAGAUUAGGAGCCAAUAUCAGUGCAAAUUGUUAUAUAUCACUAUGAUUCCACGUAAGAAGUUGACAUAGAAUGAUAAGCCAGUAGAUUAGAAAAU